AUGGCGAGACAGAAGCAUACACAUAGCUUGAAGAGUAGGACGUCUCACAGCCACGCCGAGCAUGUAGACUACUAUAGCUCAACGACCACGACGUCGUCAGACUUUGCUGGUUUCGUGGAUCCCAUCAUGGACGGUUCAGCUAUCUUCGACGAGUUGUCCCACAAGAGUCUCUACUGGAUCGACGAUACUGACUCUUCACGGAAUCGUAUCAAUGGAGACGAAGCACCAUUAACAUCUAUACAACAUAUAUCAGGAAACAUGGCAUCGAUGGAUCCUUAUCCAAAUGCUCUGGAUAAGUUGAGCAGCGGGAUGUCAGAUUUCUUAAGCAACCAGAGUGCGGAUGACCAGUCAAUGGAUCGGAAUGGAAAACAUCGGUGUUGGGAUCACGGAUGCAACGGGCGUGAGUUCUCAUCCAAGAGUAACUUCGUCAGGCACGUAAAGGAAAGAUCAGGAGCCAGCACCAAGGGUGUAUGUCCCCUAUGCGGGGCGAUUUUCACCCGUAACUCUGCCAGAGAUACGCAUCUAGCCAAGCAGAGCUGCAACAGGAUCCGUCGAUAUUCCAAUGGUCGACCGCGUCCCAGCCGGCUUGCAGUCUUGGGUAAUCCCCGCUUAGCAGCUGCAGCAGCGGCAGCCACCCAAGAUAUUCAUUGGCAGACGGUGGACUGGGGCGCAGGCGCCAUGGGCGACUCAGAAGCGGCCGGAUUCCCACCCCCGAACUGA